CACACACACACAGCACAGGCUGCAGGGCUGCCGGAGCCUUCAGGAAAGCACUGGGGUGGAAGGGCCUGGCCAGGUGGUUGGGGAAGGCUCCUUCCAGGGCUGGUCUUGAAAGCUGUCCUGUGCAGGGUUGACAGGAACACACUCGGAGCAGGGAGCUCAGCACACUUAAAAACUGGUACAGCAACGUGGGAGUUUUCCUGUUCGAGAAGUUGAGAGAAGGCUGGAAAACACUAUGCAAGAACAAAGAUAGAGGGAAAGUGGUCAUAAGGGGAAAGACUACUUACUAUUUGGGUAUUCCCAUGCAUUAUUUUUAAUUUAAAAUCAGUUAUGUUUAUGCAAAUGGGGAUGGAGGUAGAGAUGUCACCCUGGUGGGCAGCUCUGGGGGCGGGUGUGGAGCCGCAGCGAGCAGCCUGUGUGAGGUGGAGGGUUUGGGUCCAGGCCCAGGUGGGUCAAUCACUGGCCCGGAACAGCCAGCACGCCCACUUCCUGCCACUGGGGAAUAAUGGGGAUGCUGGGAGGGCUCAGACGGAAUGCUGUUGUAGAAUCACGGCCGCUGGCACAGGAGGUGGUUGCUUUAACAGAGAAUGCUCGGAGCCCCAGACAGGACGCCAAGGACACCCAGUGACACCAUGCCCCAGGCUGCAGGCAAAUCCACUUUGCUACCAGACGGAGCUGAUCGACAGGAAGGUGGCAUUCUCUGGUCAGGUAUCAGCUCUCCUGAGUGGUAAGAGGUGUGAGCCCCUGUGUAAAAAGGCCGGUCUCCUGCGUGAAAGGCCCACAGGACAGCGACUGAGGCAGUGGAGAGAGCUCAGAAACAACGCCGUCACCCCUGAAGCCAGCUCAGAAGGUGCCUCAGGUGCCAACCCCACCACCCGGGUCUGUCAUAAGGAAAGCGCCUCUCUGCUUGAGCAGUCGAAAUCAAUGACAAACCCUCGACCGCUGCUCGCCUGGCCGCAGAGCCCUUGGCUGCAGCGCCUCAACUUUCUUGCAUUCAUGAGCCAGGAGGGUGAGGCUGGAGGAAGGGAGUAAAACUGGUAUGCAGCACAGCACCUGCCCAGCAACAAAAUAACAGAUAAGAGGUGCAGGGUUCAACCCCAGCCGUAUCACCAUGGAAGGAUAAAGUCCACCAUGGAGUUAAUGUUUGUCUUUAAGAAUGCUUCUUUCUUUCCUUCUCUUAUGGGCUGAACAUCUCAUCAUGCUAAUUAAAGAACAUUUAAAAAAUUCUGAAAGUGCAUGUACUGUUAAUCUGUGAAAGCAACAAAACAAGCAUAAGGAAGAAGAAAAACAAAACUGUUGAUUCACAGAGGGGGUUUCAGAGAGCCUAUAAUUUAAUUUCUGAAGCUUCAAAUGCCCCUUCCCAACUUUUCAAAAAUAUUUAUUUUUCCCUCCUUUCAUUCACUGACUCUGUAUCACAGACACAGAAGCAGAGCGGGACAGAACCAGUGAGCGUGUGUGCACACGUGUGUCUGCGGAUGCUCGUGUUCCAAGAGGGAAGCAGAUGAAGUGACAUGUGGAUGUUUACAUGAGUCGUGAAAGCAGUUCUGAGCAGUUCACCAAGAAUUCCCGGAAUCAGAGUCAGGUCCGGCUGCUCUAUUCUAGGUCAGAGUCAACCGAAGCAGUCUCUGAUCAACAAGGGUCUUUCUCGCCACGUUAUAAUCCCUUACUAAGCCCAAUCUAAGAAAUAAA